CGUCAUUCAUUUGGGAAUACAUUUCCGGUUCCGUAGGCUAAUCCUCAUGUAGCCGCUAGCGCACGCUGACAUGGGGAAAGCUGAGUUUCGGUGCAUUAACUGUCACGAAAAGGCGACCGAACUUCAUCGGGAUUACAGCAACUGUAUCCUGAAAAUAACCAUAUGCGAGUCCUGCAAGAAGCCUGUGGACAAGUACAUCGAGUAUGAUCCCGUCAUCAUCCUCAUCGACGCUAUUCUGUGCAAGACGCAAGCGUUCCGACACAUUCUCUUCAACACCACUUUAGACAUCCACUGGAAGUUGUGCGUCUUCUGCCUGCUGUGUGAGGCCUACUUCCGCUGGUUCCUCCUGCACGGUUCCGAGUCCAGCAGCGACCCGGCCGACAUCAUCCGCUACACCAAGGAGUGGGAGUUCUACGGCUUGUUCGGCCUGGCCGCCCUGGAGCUGUCUGCCUUCUGCGGGGGGGUGCUGGCCUUCCUCUGGCUGCUGCUGCCCACGGUCCAACCGGAGCAGCUCCUCCGCGCCCUGCUCCUCUCCUGCUACGGCAAAGUGCUGCUGAUCCCGGCGGUGAUCUGGGAGCACGACUACUCUCCUGUGAGCCUGGCUCUGAUCAAGCUGCUGGUGCUCACGUCCAACACUCAGGCCGUCCGAGUGGUCCUCAACAGCAGCCGCCGUCUGUCGCUGGCCGCCGUCUGCGUUGGACUGCUGUCAGAAACCUGCGUCGCUCGGAUGAGUGCUGCGUUCCCGUGGAGCCCCCACGCCAGAGUGCUCUUUGGAGAGAUGGUGGGCUCGGAGACGUGACAGGCUGGGAGAGCACGGCGACCAAAUCAGAGUCGCUCAACAUCAGCGAGCGUCAUGUGAAAUCUCAUCAAGGAAUUUGUGGAAACGGAACCUGCUGAACAUUCUGAGCAGUGGAAUCAGAAGGUGUGAAUAAAGGUUGGACCUAUUUUGGACUCUGAACAUGCAGCAGAAGUCAUCCAGCAAGAGACGACCCUCCAGGCCCUGGAUCCAGCUGAGCUGAGGACAUCUUGUCUUGAGCACUCCGAUGCAGGAACCUGUCGCUGCGGAGCCUCUCAUGUUUCUGUUUUUAAUAAAGAGAUCUGCAGCUGCAGGUCACCUG